AGAAGGAGUAUGGUGCAGAGAAAAUAAUCCACUGAGUCCAGUUAGUCAUUCUAGUACUUAUACCAGCCUCUGGUUUGAUCUACAUAGGUAGGUAAACUACAAGGACUCAAGAUAGUCUGAUUAAACUAGGGGUGAUUAAACUAGGGCAUCUUGAACUCAUGUGCUGUGAAAUAGAUAUUCUUGCACUUUUGUGAUUUGCAUUGACUGUCCCUUGUGACACUUCCUCCACUGGAUCCUGUCUUCGGUCCUCCUUUGGUUUUCCUACCAUUUUAGGUAUCCUGACGGCUUAGCUUUCAGUCUUCCUACUCUGGACAUUGUCACUCUAUCUCAUCCCUGUGGCAACCUAACCUCAGUAAGACCAAAGACAAGGUCUUUUGUGGUAAAGACAUUUGGUACCUCUGCAUCAAGCUAUGGGAACAGAACAGAAGGCAAGAUCCCACAAAAUAGGUAGAGGUACUGGUUGAUAUGUGAUAAAAAUUUGUGUUGGAAUGAUUGCUUUGCACUCACUUAUAACACGAAGUGUGUCUAUAGGGAAGGUGGUUGGAGCUUUAUAGAUUCUUUAGGAAAAAAAUAAGAGCAGACUUGUGAGAGGCCUGGUUUUGCUUCUCACACUUGUGCUUAUAGCAGUGUAGCGUCACACAAGGCACGGAGCUCUUCUGGGGCCUCGAGAUUUCUUAGUCUGAUAAAAUGAUUGACAGUGCUUCGUAAACUGUAGAAAGCAGUGUGAGGGACUGUUUAUUGUCAAAAUGCACCUGCAGAAGCCUGCAUACUUAAACCAAGAGGCAAAUUGUAUAGGCAGUUCAUCUUUCUCCCCACAGGGUUCCCAGAAAGAAAUUGGAAUGUGAUCUUACUAUAGCCAUCUUCCCACAGGAUAAGUGCUGUGAUUAGAAGAUGGGUUUCUAACCAAAAAUAUGGCAUCAAAUUAGAUCAUGGAGGACCAACAGUUCACCACAGAGGCGAAAGCAAAGAUGGAACUAUAAAUCUAAAAUCUUGAAAUAUAUUGGGGUCCAAGACACUGAUCCUGCAAGUAGCCCUGAGAGUAGUGGUUACAUGGUGCCCAGGAUGCCAGUCAUUAGUUUGACCGAACUGAACAAAUGUUAAAUGGUUUGUUAAUCUUGCCCGGCCCUACAACCUACUGAGGGCUUAAAAAGACUUAAGAAUAUAGGACUUGGAUGUUUCAUAAAGCUAUUCAGAGUUGCAUAGACUCAUUAAAUGGCCCUAUGUCAAGUGGAAAUUCAGAAUUGCAUUGUCUUUGAAACUGUGAGACUAUUUUUCUGGGGGUGGAUAGGUGGGGAGAAGGAAAGUACCUUCAGUUCCACUCCUGGCCAGCAGGUGGUAAGUUGGGCUCAGACCCUAUAGACAAGUUAGGGCUAAAUAAAACUUUGGAACAGAAUAGUAACAUUAGUGAGAGGAGGCAGAGGGAAGCAUGUACCUUCUGACUGUUUUCUCAACCAACUAUACAGAGUAGAGCGAAUGUUAUGAUUGGGAAGAGCACUGGUUUGGGAGUGUGAACUUGACCUCACAGAACCUCACUGUCUUUGAAGGGCUUGAUAGCCAUAAUAUCAGGAAAGCAGUGCUAUCAACAAGACAUAAAUUGUUAUGGGGCUGCAAAGAAGGGGAAACCGUACUAAGAUAGGAGAAUCUGAGAAGGCUGUGGAGGCAGUCUGAGCUGGGGGUUAAAGGAAGAUGGGAGGCUUGACAUUGGGUCAGAGCAUGCUUAAGAAGCAUCAGGUUGACUAGCAAGGGAGUGAAUUCUGAGAGGCCAAACCACAUUGUGAAGAACCUCAAAUGCCAGGUGUGAACUUUAUUCUAAUGAUCUUGUGGGUCCUCUGGGGGGUUAGGCAGGAAAAUAACCGUCAGAUUUCAGGGCUAGAGAACUUUUUUUUUCUUUUUAUUUUGUUAUGGCAAAAUAACAUAAAAUUCAUGCAAAAAUUUCCAAGUGUACAGUACAGUAUUGUCAACUACAUGUGCAUUGUUGUGUAUAGAUGAUUCACUUUUUUUUCAUUGACAGUUCACUUUUUUUUUUUUUUUUUUUGCCUCACAGUGCGGCUUGUGGGAUCUUAGUUCUCCGGCCAGGGAUUGAACCCAGGUCCCCGCAGUGAAAGCACUGAAUCCUAUCUGCUGGACUGCCAGGGAGUUUCCAACAAUUCACGUUUUUUUUUUUUUUUUUUCUUCGGUACACGGGCCUCUCACUGUUGUGGCCUCUCCCGUUGCGGAGCACAGGCUCCGGACGCGCAGGCUCAGCGGCCAUGGCUCACGGGCCCAGCCGCUCCACGGCAUGUGGGAUCUUCCCGGACCGGGGCACGAACCCGUGUCCCCUGCUUCGGCAGGCGGACUCUCAACCACUGCGCCACCAGGGAAGCCCAACAAUUCACUUUUUAAAAAACUUUUAUUUUUGGGAAUUUCCUGGUGGCCCAGUGGUUAGGACUUGGUGCUUUCACUGCCAUGGGCUCGGGUUCAAUCCCUGAUUGGGGAACUAAGAUCUGUAAUGCAGUCAAAAAUUAUAUAGUAUUCCCAAUAACCAGAGAUAAUCAUUUUUUUUUUUCUUUUUUAGAUUGGGGCGUGAGGUUAAAGGAGGAGUCAGGAGCAGGCUUCUGGCUUCAGUACUGGGGUGGAUGUUGUACACCCCUUCAAUAGGAAUUCGCACAUUGGAGGACAGGGUUAAAGGGAAAAUGAGUCUCUCACUGUUGUGGCCUCUCCCAUUGUGGAGCACAGGCUCCGGACGCGCAGGCUCAGUGGCCAUGGCUCAUGGGCCCAGCCACUCCGCGGCAUGUGGGAUCUUCCCAGACCGGGGCAUGAACCCACGUCCCCUGCAUCGGCAGGCAGACUCUUAACCACUGCGCCACCAGGGAAGCCCUGGUUGCUAAAAGCAGUGGCAGCAGAAAAGCAACAGCAGAGAAAAUGCCCAGUCCCGCCCCACUCCAGCGUGGGCUGUCGGAGCAGCGUCACCGAAAAGUCAGACAAAGGGCUAGAGAUGCAGCAUCAAGAGCUAGGAGACAUUCCCGGGAAGAAGCUGAGAAGCCGUGGGAGCUGCUCUCUGUCAUGAGAAGCCAGGGCUGGCUUCCUCAGGAGGGGAGCGUGCGGCAGAUCCUGUGUGCAGAUCCCUGCUGCCAAACCUGCAACGCUGUGGCUCUGGAGAUUCAGCAGGUGGUGCAGCAUGCCAGGAGACAGCUGGAAUUCCGCCUCCAGAGACAGUUGAUUCACCACCGCUGGGGCCUGCCGCAGAAGAUCCAACAGUCCAUUCAAUUGCUCCUGUCCCCCACUAAUCAGCAGACUAUGUCCCGGAGCAGCACAUCCCUAGGCAGUGUGAAUGGCUCCCGGCCUACAUCUCUAGAGACCGCUGGGGCUGAUGACCCAUUCUCACCCAUUGUGGACCCAGUGACAGUCCCCAUGCCACACUUGUUUGACCAGGCCAAGGCAAUAUUGCAAAGCCAUAUCGACUCCAAAUGUGGGCAGAUUCACCAGGGCAACGUCCCUGCCUGUGUAUAUAGCUCUUGGGAGUGCAUAAUUCCUGGGGGCCUGGAAGUGACUCCCUUCACCUGCAUCCCAGAAAGCAAGGCCCUGGAACCACAGGCAGCAAGUGACCCGGACCUACAACAGAAAAUUAUACCCUGGAUGCUGACAGCCCUUGAUCAGCAGCAACAAACCUCACCAGAUGCUGUCAUUGAACAUCCUAAGCUGCCCCGAGCCCUGUCUGAGGACUCCAUUGAGAAACUGGAGACAACUUUACGGCACAAGUAUCUGGCCUUCUUGUCAGGGCUGCCGGCUCCUUAUUAUGUGGCUCUCUCUAGGGACAUGGACCCAGCAAUCACUUCCCAAGCUAUGAUCACAGAGAUGGUACCUGGGCCUAUCGAAUUCCCAACAGAACCUCUGACUCAGAUGACCUCACCUGAAGAGCAGGGUCUAAGUCCUGGGUCAGGCUUUCAAGAUGCCAACAAGGCUUGUGCAGACAUUGCAGAUGAAGCCCAGGCUGAAGUGCAGGCGGAAGAAGUAAUUGAGAUGGUGCCUCUAGAAAGUCAGGCAGAGCCUGCGAGGCCCUCCUCACUUGGAGAACACAAAUUGGCCAAACUAAAUUUCCAUCUGAGAAAUAAGAUGCUAGAGAUGCAACUGGGAAUUCCCAUAACGGCAAGGAAGUCCAGGAAACAAACUGUAGCAGCCUCAGAGAACAUAUGCACACAGGAGUCUCUUGGGAGUCUAAACAACCAAGGAAACACACUGCUCCAGGAACUCCCCAUCCCACGAGAUAUGCCACGUGCCCCAGAUCCAGAAUGCCUCUAUUCCAAAGAACAGCUGGCCACUGAGUUGAAGGCAGCGUAUCAGAAACAGAAGCAACCCAGUUCCAGUGCAGUAUCCCAUGGUUCUGUCCACUGGGCCUCCAAUAUCUCGCAACCCAGUGGGGACCUGACAGAGGCCCAGGUGCUUUGUGGUCAGCUGGAGGCCAGUGUGAACAACCACGACCUGAAGGAGCCCUGGAGCCCUGAGCCCCAAAGCCCUGACAAGAGCAAGGACUCAGCCCAAGUACCCACACUGGCAGAAAAGAGAGAGGAGCCAGGCAAACCCAAAUCGGCCGGGGACCACAGAGAAGGGGAUGCCGGGUUUGCAGUCUCCUCCACAAGAGAGAAAAGCCACUCUGCUGAAGCCCAGAGGCCAGAAGGGAUGCUUCUGAAAGGGACACCCUGCAGCCCCUGGCGACGGAGACAUCGCUUUCACCCUGAUGCUCCCUGUCAACACAGUCCCCAGCAUCGCCCUCAGCUUAAACCCCCAGAGCUACCUCCUGGAGUCCCUGGGGGGAAAGACUCUGAGAAGAAUGACCUGCAAGAGAGUCAAGCCAAGCUCAAUGUCAUCCUCAAACCAGCAAGGGUUCCUGAGAAGGCCCAGCCUGUGGUGCCCCAGGUGUCACAGGGCCAGCCUUUCCUAGGCCAGCUCACUCCGGGUAAGCCGUCGCAGGGCCGAACUUUACAAGGUCAGGUUUUUCAGGGACAGGUGAUACAAGGCCGUACUCACAAGAGGCCCAGCUUUCCAGAAUCUGGCUGGAGAAAUAAGAUGAAAUCUUUUCUGCACUUUAUUAACCCCAAGACAAAAGGCAAAGGGCGUGAGGAAUCCAUGUCCUCCACAUCUGAGAAAGUGGCCAACACCAGAAAAGAAAAUGUGGGAAAGAGCCUGGCUUCAGCCAAAAGUCCCAAGGGGCAAACUAAGACGGAGAAGACAAGAGGGAACCCUAAGGCCCAAUUUCCGCCCACUGGGAAGCAGGUGGGCUUGGCGUUCUUGGAUGUGCUCCGCUCCCCAGACAGUAAGCUCCGGCACCGCCCCCGCUCCCAUCAACUCCACUCUGCCUCAGUCCCGGGCAUCCCCUGCUGCCGCCCUCGGCACCGUCCUUGAGUGGCUUGUGUCACCCAACCAGGGAACCCACCCUAAUUCCCAACUCUCACCUCGGAGGGAAGCACUGGUCUGCUCAAGAAGACCCCGCUCAGUCAAGAGACUUUGUAGUC